AUGGCACGAUCGUCGCGGCCGGGCGGGGCGUCCAAGCCCUUUGCCUGGACGACCGUCUUUUACCUCCUCCUGGUCUUCAUUGCGCCUCUGGCGUUUCUGGGAACUGCCCACGCUUCUGAGGAACAGAACGUCCAAGAGAACUAUGGAACUGUCAUCGGUAUCGAUUUGGGAACGACCUACUCUUGUGUCGGUGUGAUGCAGAAUGGAAAGGUCGAGAUCUUGGUUAACGACCAGGGCAACCGUAUCACUCCGUCGUACGUGGCUUUCACGGAUGAGGAGCGUCUGAUCGGUGAUGCCGCGAAGAACCAGUACUCUUCCAACCCCAAGAGGACAAUCUUCGACAUCAAGCGUCUGAUCGGCCGGAAGUGGGACGACAAGGACGUCCAGAGAGACAUCAAGAACUUCCCCUUCAAGGUUUCCAACAAGGAUGGCAAGCCCGUCGUCACCGUCGAUGUCAACAAGCAGCCCAAGACCUUCACCCCCGAGGAGAUCUCGGCCAUGGUCCUGGGCAAGAUGAAGGAGAUCGCGGAGGGUUAUCUCGGAAAGCCCGUCCACCACGCCGUCGUCACGGUUCCCGCCUACUUCAACGACGCCCAGAGACAGGCCACCAAGGACGCCGGUACCAUCGCUGGCCUGAACGUUCUCCGUGUUGUGAACGAGCCCACUGCGGCCGCUAUCGCCUACGGUUUGGACAAGACUGGCGACGAGCGCCAGAUCAUCGUCUACGACCUGGGUGGUGGUACCUUCGAUGUCUCCCUCCUGUCGAUCGACAACGGCGUCUUCGAGGUCUUGGCUACCGCCGGUGACACCCACCUGGGUGGUGAGGACUUUGACCACCGUGUCAUGGACUACUUUGUCAAGCUCUACAACAAGAAGCACAACGUCGACAUUACCAAGGACCUGAAGACCAUGGGUAAACUGAAGCGCGAGGUUGAGAAGGCCAAGCGGACGCUCUCUUCUCAGAUGUCCACUCGCAUCGAGAUUGAGGCUUUCCACGAGGGCAAGGACUUCUCUGAGACCCUGACCCGCGCCAAGUUUGAGGAGUUGAACAUGGAUCUGUUCAAGCGGACCCUCAAGCCCGUGGAGCAAGUUCUCAAGGACGCCAAGGUCAAGAAGAGCGACAUCAGUGACAUUGUCCUGGUCGGUGGUUCUACCCGUAUUCCUAAGGUCCAGGCUCUCCUUGAGGAGUUCUUCAACGGAAAGAAGGCCAGCAAGGGUAUCAACCCUGAUGAGGCUGUCGCCUUCGGUGCUGCCGUUCAGGGUGGUGUCCUCUCCGGAGAGGAGGGAACGGGCGACGUCGUUCUCAUGGAUGUCAACCCUCUCACUCUGGGUAUUGAGACCACUGGUGGUGUCAUGACCAAGCUCAUCCCUCGUAACACGGUCAUCCCUACCCGCAAGUCUCAGAUCUUCUCGACCGCGGCCGACAACCAGCCCACGGUCUUGAUCCAAGUUUAUGAGGGAGAGCGUUCUAUGACCAAGGACAACAACCUCUUGGGCAAAUUCGAGCUCACGGGUAUCCCACCGGCGCCUCGUGGCGUGCCUCAGAUUGAGGUCUCCUUCGAUCUGGAUGCCAACGGUAUCCUGAAGGUCAGCGCCGCUGACAAGGGUACCGGAAAGGCGGAGUCCAUCACCAUCACCAACGACAAGGGCCGCCUGACUCAGGAGGAGAUUGACCGCAUGGUUGCGGAGGCCGAGCAGUUCGCAGAGGAAGACCGGGCCGCCAAGGCCAAGAUCGAGGCCCGUAAUGCCCUGGAGAACUACGCCUUCAGCCUGAAGAAUCAGGUCAAUGACGAGAACGGCCUGGGUGGCAAGCUUGAUGAUGAUGACAAGGAGACUAUUCUGGAGGCUGUCAAGGAGGCGACCGACUGGCUGGAAGAGAACGCUGCCAGCGCCUCGACAGAGGACUUUGAGGAGCAGCGCGAGAAGCUGUCGAGCGUCGCCUAUCCGAUCACCAGCAAGCUGUACGGUUCCGCACCGGCGGACGAGGAGCCUAGCGGCCACGACGAGCUGUAG